GGUCCCUCCUCGCUUCUCCGUCUCUCUCUGUCUCUCUCGUGCGCGCUCGCUUCUCGCUGUCGCCUCUCCAAUGCGCCUGGCGGAGAUGAUCAAGAAGAUGGGUCCCAGCAGCGAGGCGGAGCUCAACAUCCCGGCCAAGAACUGCUACCGGAUGGUCAUCCUGGGCUCCUCCAAGGUGGGCAAGACGGCCAUCGUCUCCCGCUUCCUCACCGGCCGCUUCGAGGACCAGUACACGCCCACCAUCGAGGACUUCCACCGCAAGUUCUACAGUAUCCGCGGGGAGGUGUAUCAGCUCGACAUCUUGGACACCUCCGGCAACCACCCUUUCCCGGCCAUGAGGCGCCUCUCCAUCCUCACCGGCGACGUCUUUAUUCUGGUUUUCAGCCUAGACAACCGCGAUUCUUUCGAGGAAGUCCAGCGCCUCAAGCAGCAGAUCUUGGAGACCAAGUCCUGCCUGAAAAACAAGACCAAGGAGAAUAUCGACGUCCCCUUGGUGAUCUGCGGAAACAAAGGGGACCGGGACUUCUACCGCGAGGUGGAUCCCCAGGAGAUCGAGAAGCUGGUGGGGCAGGAUCCCAAGAAGUGUGCUUACUUCGAGAUCUCGGCCAAGAAGAACAGCAGCUUGGACCAGAUGUUCCAGGCCCUCUUCACCAUGGCCAAGCUGCCCAGCGAAAUGAGCCCCGACCUUCACCGGAAGGUUUCUGUACAAUACUGUGACCUUUUGCACAAGAAGGCGCUCAAGAACAAGAAACUCUUGAAGGAAGGGUCCAGCGAUGGGGCUGGCGAGGCUUACGGCAUCGUGGCCCCCUUUGCCCGCCGCCCGAGCGUCCACAGCGACCUCAUGUACAUCCGAGAGAAGGCGAUUCGGGGCGGGCAGACGAAAGACAAAGAGCGCUGUGUGAUCAGCUAAGACUCCCGGCUGGCCUUUGAACUUUCCCCAGCAGAGAAGGGAAGAACCUGUUCUUAAGUACCAAAAAAACUCUUGCCAGCCCGUACGGGUGGCGUUACGCUGGCUGCCAGCCGUGGCAACUCACAUGCCUGUCAGGCAUCUUCCCCCAUCUCCUCGUGCAUUAUUCUGGGGGGGGGCUCUUUUCACCUGCUCCCCUUUGUUUCUCUCCCUCUCUCUCCCUCUUUUUUUACACUUUGAGGAGAGGGGUUGAGAUUGCUCUGAGACGGUCAGGCUUCAAGCGGAGAAGAAACCUUUUAAACACACAAACAUUGUGAAAGACAGCACUUGUGUCUUCAAAGAAUUUUUCUUUUUUGCUGUGUCGUGGGCUGGAAGGGGAGCGCCCACAUCAAACUGUGCCCGCACAGGGCGUGACUUGUAUGUUGCGAUGAAGCAAACGGUCGGAAGAAACCAAACGGAAAGUCUGAAUGUUGCAUUUGCUGCUGCUGCUAGACGACGUUACCUAGCCAGACUCCUUUAGGGGCGACCUGUGAACUUUCCUCCUCUGGCCUCCACUUUGGGAACUCAGGCUGGCGUGGAGGGGAGGGCAACGCUCCUGCUGAAGACGUGAUCCUGUUUACAUUUUUGUCCUUCUGUGUCUUGAUCUUUUCUCGUGGAAAGAGGAAAAACUGUGUUCAAGCAAACCGGCACUUUACAUAUAUAUAGAACUCUUUGCUGAACGGACAUGAACAAAAAUUUCGCUAAGUGUUUCUACAAUGUGUGACACACUGGUUUUUUUUUGGGGGGGGUUGUUAUAUUUUUUCUAUAA